GUCAGCCCCCUGCGGCGCUGAAUGGACCGAACAGCCUGUCUGCUCCAUACUCCAAAACAGCUCGGCAAGGCUCGGCACGGCGCAGCACGGGUCGGGCUUCACCCUGGGAAUAGAGAAAUACCUGGAAAAGGAAGGUUACAGGAAACAGGCCUCAACAACUGCUUCGUGUUUUUGAUUUUUUUGCACAAAAGCAAGGACGGGGGGAGUGCGCCCACCGCGUUGCGGGUGUAUGUGCGUGCGUUUGGAUCACGAUGAUGCAAAGUGCGGCGGUCCUACAGACAGAGAGUCCUGUAAAGAGUUUACCGGAGAUUCUCGGUGUGCCACUGCAGCGCGUUUUGGGACAAAAUGUGCGUCAUGCCAGCAGGGUAUCCCUCCAACACAGGUGGUGAGGAAAGCACAGGACUUUGUGUAUCACCUGCACUGCUUUGCCUGCAUUAUGUGCAGCAGACAGCUUGCAACUGGGGAUGAGUUUUACCUCAUGGAGGAUGGAAGGCUGGUGUGCAAGGUGGAUUAUGAAACCGCCAAGCAAAACGAUGACUCAGAGGGUGGGACCAAACGACCAAGGACCACCAUCACCGCCAAACAGCUGGAGACCCUCAAAAGUGCCUACAAAAACUCGCCAAAGCCUGCCCGCCAUGUCAGAGAGCAGCUGUCGUCUGAGACAGGCCUGGACAUGAGAGUAGUGCAGGUUUGGUUCCAGAACCGGAGAGCCAAGGAAAAACGUCUAAAGAAAGAUGCAGGUCGCCACCGUUGGACUCAGUUCUAUAAAAGUGUCAAACGCAGCAGAGGAGGAACCAAAGUGGAGAAGGAGAGCUCAGCUGAUGAUGGAGGGCUUAGUGACAGCGAACUGAGCUUCAGAGACGACCAAGUCCUGUCUGAUCUGAGCCAUGCAAACGGCCUUUACGGGAGUGUCAGUGACAUGACCAGCAGCGCAGUUCUGAAUGGUGGCUUCUCAGUUGAUGCGGCUGGACAGCCCUACCAAGACAUCAGACCAGGGAGCCCGUACGGUCUCCCGCAGUCACCUUCCUCUAUCGCCUCCCUGCCCGGCCACACACCUCUCCUUAACAACCUGACCUUUAACAUGGACAGUCUUGUGGUGCAUGGGGGGCCAGGGGGAGUGGGACAGGCUCUGAGGGCCAUGGCGGGGGGCCCCACCUCAGACCUAUCCACAGGCAGCAGUACGGGUUAUCCUGACUUCCCCACAAGCCCGGCCUCCUGGCUCGACGAGAUGGACCAUUCUCAGUUUUGAGCCUCUAGCUCAGUAGAAAACCUGUUGUGGGGAU